UUUAUUCUCCAACAUAAAAUGGGUCAGUAAAUCCCCCACUCCUGAUGUUUGAAGCUUUUACGUGUCUUAAAAAAGGCGGUUGCUAACGAGUGUCUAAAUGAGACUACAGAGGUUGUCGGGGACGUUAACAUGAAAACCCAUCUACUCACCAGUCCACCUUUACAGCCUCGUUGUGUUUCUACUCACGCUCUUUCAAACUCUCACUAACUUUCUAAGAAGAAACUCAGUGAAAAAAUCCCAUUGGCUAUUUCUGUGGAGGGAACCAGAGUGAUGCUAAUGCUAACCUCUGGGUCACUGCGCUUCUCUAAUACUACAUAGCUAAUGUUAGCCUGAACAGCUAUUUACUAGUAAACCUGCGUUCAGUCCUUUACUCACCGACAGCUGCCUGCAGAGGUAGAAAACAACAUCGAUGUUUGUUUUUAUUUCUAUCACUUCCAUUCCGCUUCUGAAGUUAGCAUGCUAACCAGCUAACCCCGGACUGUCUCGUUACUUUCCGAUAGCGACUCACUGAAGCAGCUGCUCAGACAAAAUAUUCUAACUUUUGUAUUGUAAACACAACGAUUGUUUAAACUCUCCACCACUUUCUCCCGUGAAGAAAAGACGUUCAACAGCAGAGAAAACGUACAAACAGCCGUCUGAACGACAGUCAGAGGGUGGUGGUCCAGUAGUUCUGUGGGUGUAAGUUUAUUAUCAGUGGUCUAACUGGUUUUUGCGUCCAACAGCCUCAGAAGAGUUUUCAGGGGGUCAGGCUCCUCUCUGCGUCCGUCAUGGACACGUUUUUCCGCCGUCACUUUAAGAGGAAGGAGGCUGCUCUGCCGGUGGAUGUGGAGGCCACUUCCUGCCGCCAGCGGAGGCCCAGUGUGGCUGUCCCGACCAGUAAGGCUCGCCGCAGGUCCAGUGUGGGCCUUCCUUCCUCCACCCUGACCCAGCGGCGGCGCUCCAGCGUCCAGCUGCAGGGGGGGCUGCCGUGCGCGGGUGGGGGGCGUUUGGCGAAGGCGUCCAGACACAACAGGUGGGUGGGGAACGCUCGCAGGCGGUCCAGCACCACCACCCCCAGCGUCAACCCGAGGUUCGCCGUGUCCCGGAAGAAGACGGGGAAGCUGCGGACCAUCGACACCCACCUGCUGGGGCCGUCCAUGCUGCUGGCCAGUCUGAUCCAGAUGGCCGAGGAGGAGGAGGAGGGGCUACCUGCCGGGGAGCAGCAGGUGGAGGUGAGGGGUGGGGCCAACAACAGGAGGAUGUUCUCACGCUCCAGCAGCCUCCACUCAGAUGGAGACAACGACAGCAGCGAUUACACCAGCGACAGCCAAUCAGAGAGCAGCCAGGUGUCGGAGGCGGAGCAGCUGGCGGAGGAGGAGGACGAUGCCUCCUGGUCUCUUGAUCGGCACCUCUCUCCCUCCUCCACCCCCUCCUCCUCCUCUGCCCAGGAGGUGAUGAGGAGGACGCCCCAGCUGGCGUCGACAUCGCGGCCCCUGAUCCGGGCCCCUCGCUGCCUCCGGAGGAACUCCUCUCAGGUGUUCACAGGUGACUCUGCUCCUCACUGCCGAUACCGCGCCUCCAGCCAGAGGAGGAGGAGGAGGAUCUCCACCAUCUCCAAGGCUGGGAGCCCCUGGCCUGGGAGAGGCCCCCCGCUGCCCAGCCGCAGGAGCUCAGUCUACUACCUCAACCACCCGGCCUUCUACAGGGGCCCCGGGGCCCUCAGCCCGCUGGGGGCCCACUGCUACGACUCCCGCCUGGAGAGUUGGAGUGCCUUCCUGCUGUAUGUAGCCCGGAGUUAGCCGUUAGCUCAAGUUACUGAGAAACACACUUCACAUUUAUUAAACAUUUAAACUGAGCUUUUCCUCCUUCAUUACAACAUGUGUCAGGAGGAGCUGUUUGUGAAGGAAAUAAUGAGUGUAUGGGUGGAGUAAAGGUUCAGUAUCUCUCUGUUUGCACCUGUUGCUGUGUGGGUCGGAGACAGGAAGGACAGGUGACACACCUGCAGCAUGAAACAUACCCCACAUGAAUAAAUGACACAAACAUCCUCUGUGGAGCUGAGGCUCAUUAGCAGCUCACACCAACAACCACACCACUCAGCAGCUGUUUCUAAGGUUAAUGAAUGUGUUUGUGUGGAUGCCUGAGCAGGAGACUGAGAUCUCACAGCAGAGCCCACAGUUCACUGACGGUCUGACUCAGCCUGCAAUAAAACACCUGUAGCUUCACCAGGGUCAAAGAUCUGCACAGAGAAACUCAUCACUGACACACAGGAGAAAAUAACACGACAAAAGACUCGUUUAUUUAUUCACUUAUAAGACAUGAAUAAAUCCGUGCUCUGUGGUCCUGUGUUUUCAGGAAAGCCAUUGCGAAGUCGGGUCUGCAGCACGCGGGGACUCAGCCCAACGUCUCGACAUCAGGACCGAGUGAGUCGCUGCAGGAACCCAACAGCACCGUGGACUGGAGCGACAACGCUCAGUUCGGAGACCACAUCUGGUUCGAGACCAGCGGCUCCGGAGACUUCUGUUAUGUCGGAGAACAGUACUGCAUCGCUAAGUCACUG